AUGCAGUCCACAACGAGGUACGCCCUGUCAAUCAUCCUACUUGCAUCGGUAGUCACCAGCUCAUACCACAGCAGCGCCAAACUGCGUCGCGAUGGUGUGCUGAACCUGUACCCCUUUCCGAGGGUGGGUCGCGCCAACAGCCGCACGUGGCAGAUCAGCGAUAUGCUUUCAAAUCCUGCACCGGUGAAAAGACAGCUGUACGCGUUUCCCAGGGUCGGUCGAAGCGAAAUGAAUCAUCCAGACUACCAGAUGACACCUCAGCUUGAAGAACUGCUCUUUGGAAGACGGAACCCUUUCGUUAAGCGGGAGAGCUUGGAACAGAUGGAGGCUAAAGAUACACCGGGCAUGUGGUUCGGGCCGCGACUGGGCAGGGCAUUCAGGAGUGAGGAGGAUGACAUUUCUCAAAGUGGAGUCGAGAAGAGUGAACCGGAGCAAUUAGAGAACCCUGAAAUGGAUCGCGAAAAAAGGCAGACGAAACAAUCAUAA